AUGAUCAAAGCCAACUUGCAAUGCGAAUUUCACAUCAUCGCGUUUUGGUUUCUUCUUAUUACGCAUGUGUAUCUGAUUCGGAGUUGUGAACCUCCAUGGACGCAAUCGAAUUGCAAACCACAUUGGAUUGAGCAUUCUGGACUACCGCAAGAUUUGAAAACAGCGUCCGAAAUAUCACUAAAUGGUGUAUCGAAGUUGGUGGAAGACAAUCUAUUCACCAUAGGAUCUCCGGGUUUCGGUUGCCUUAAUAAUGAGUCGUGUUGGACUUAUGGUUGGGAACUGCUCAGCUACACUGGACCGUGGACGUUAAAUGGUGUAACCGAGGUUUACGCCUGUUGUGUCAUUUUUCCAUUCUUUGUUGAAUUACCUUACAUUAUAUUGUACCCAUCCGACGCAUGUACAGAACUCCACUUGUAA